GAAAACGUACUGAAUGAAGCGGUUGCUGCCGACUUACAACGAUGCAUCGAGCAUAUCGAAGCGAAUGACAGUAUCAAAGGAGCUGUGCUUAUUUCCGGAAAACCAAACACAUUCAUUGCGGGUGCUGAUAUCGGAAUGCUUUCCAGAUGUAAAAAUUCAACGGAUGCGCGGCAAAUUUCGGCUGAAGCACAACGGGAAUUUUUGCGUAUCGAAAGUAGCGAGAAGCCAAUAGUUGCUGCAAUAAUGGGUACAUGUAUGGGUGGUGGACUUGAAUUGGCACUUGCAUGUCACUAUCGAAUUGCCAUGAAUUCACCAAAAACACAGUUCGCAUUUCCUGAGGUAAUUUUUUACUGCAAAGUUUCAUUUCUUAUUUAA